AUGGCUUCCGCCUGUGUUAACAACGCCGGUGUUUCGCCGGCGGGAUACUCUUCGUACGGUUGGUCGAGCCGAGAAGACAGGCGCUCUGAAUCUGAAACUGAAAGCCAAGAUCCAGUCGUGGAUUUUGAGUUUUGCCUCGAAGAUCCGGUCACAAUGCUCUCCGCCGACGAGCUCUUCUCCGACGGGAAACUCGUUCCUUUGAAGUUCUCUGGCCCAAAGACGAACCCACAGACGUCGACCACUCCCGAAUCGCCGGAGGUGCUUAAAUCAUGCCGGAGACUAGAGAUGGAGAUCUCCGACCUCUUCUCCCCGAAAGCUCCUCGUUGCACGACACGGUGGCGAGAGCUUCUAGGCCUCAAGAGGCUUGUCAACGCCAAGGCACAUGAUUCUGUCAAAGCCACUUCUUCCUCUUCUUCGCCAACCCUCAAAACGUCGUCGUUCAAGCAUUUUCUUCACCGUGGAUCCAACAAAUCCUCCUCCGCCUCGUCGCCGCCGGCUGAUGCUUCUCCGUUGCUGAAGGAAUCCGAUAUCUCCGAAUCGAUCUCGAUCGCCUCUUCGCGUCUAUCGCUCUCCUCCUCGUCUUCAUCUGGCCACGAGAUCGAUGACCUUCCCAGGCUCUCGCUCGACCUCGACAAACCCAGUCCCAAUCCCUUCGCUCCCUCUCGGACCCAUUUGCGCAACCCUAACCAUCCCAGGACCAGCUUAGCCAAGCCCAGGCGUCCCUCCAAUCCUUCCGUGGAUGGAUCAUCGUCCUCGGCCGCCGGCGAAUCUCGGGGUGUCACUGUGACCGCCGAUAGUCCCAGACUCAACGCCUCCGGUAAAAUCGUGUUUCACGGACUGGAAAGAAGCUCGAGCAGUCCCGGAAGCUUCACCGGCGGACCGAGAAUGAAGCAGCACCAUGGAAUGCCGAGAUCCUACUCGGCUAAUGUCAGAGUCACGCCGGUGCUCAAUGUCCCGGUGUCUUCUCUUAAAUCUGGCCUCUUCUUCGGCCAGCUUUUUUCUUCGUCGUCCUCGUCUUCGUCAGCAUCGUCUUCUUCGUUUUCUUCUCCGUCUCCGGGGAACAAAUCGCAGUUACAGAGCAAUGGCAAGAACCGGGUCAAUCGAACCAGGCUUGAACCGAAAUGCGAGCAAUAA